CUUGUUAUAUUCACUGUGGAACCUAAGGGGGGAAAGGGGCAUUAUGAUAAAAAAAAAGGCUGUUUGAUCCUGUUUUCUCUGAUCCUCCCCCUUUUCCCUUUUUCUACUGUCCCCAAUCCAUCUGUCGCAGUUAGAGCAAUAGUGGCGAGUCUGCACAUGCUCUGUUUGAUGUGUAUUGCUAGAGAGGUUUUUUUGGGAGGGUUCAUGUGAUUGGCACAGAGCCAAUCAGCACUGUCCAGACAGAGCGUCAGGGGUCAUUGGACGGUCAGAGGAGAAUAGAAACUCCUCCUACAAGAUUAACCAGUACUUAGCCAGACACUGCUUGAAGUCACAAGACUGCUAUAUACUGCUGAUAAAGAAAAGGUAAUUAG